UGGACACGCCUUCCUCCCCCGUCCCCGUCGGUGCAAGGUCUUCCCGACCCCCCUUCCACGCCCCAGAGGAUGCGCUCCCCCGCGCCGAGCAGCGCAGGCCACCGCUCCCAGAAAUACGGGCUUCCGAUCCUCUUCUCUGCACCCCGAGGAGCCGGCGCCCCCGCCCAGUAGAGGUAUGACGCCUUGACUUAGAAGAAGGUCUUCCCAAACACGUACUUCUGUCUUGUGUAUUAUGGAUACCAAGGACGAGAAGAAGGAACGGAAACAAAGCUAUUUUGCUCGAUUGAAAAAGAAAAAACAAGCCAAACAACAAAAUGCAGAGACCACUUCAGCCACCGCUACCAGGAGUCGCACUGGAAAAGAAGAUGCUCACGCCGCCACUGUAGAGCCAGACAAGGGCAACAUCACUAUCGAUCACGAGGAGUACAUUACCGAUGAGAAGAAGAAAAGAAAAAACAAUCAGCUAAAGGAGAUCAAGCGUACCGAAUUAAAGAGAUACUAUAAUACUGUUUCUUCUUCAGAUGACAACCAGAACAAGACCCAGGAUAAAAAGGAGAAGAAGAUGGUGGUUCCGAAGCCACAUGGGACUGUGGAGUACACGGCUGGGAGCCAGGACACCCUAAACUCCAUAGCACUGAAGUUUAACAUCACUCCCAAUAAACUAGUAGAACUGAACAAACUUUUCACUCAUACCAUUGUUCCAGGACAGGUCCUUUUUGUGCCAGAUGCCAACUGCCCUUCCAGUACCUUAAGGUUGUCAUCGUCCAACGCUGGCGCUGCUAUAUCUCCAUCCUCCUCAGAUGCAGAAUAUGAUAAAUUGCCCGAUGCUGACUUAGCAAGAAAGGCCUUAAAACCGAUUGAAAGAGUCUUAUCAUCUACAUCCGAAGAAGAUGAGCCAGGCAUUGUAAAAUUUUUAAAAAUGAAUUGUCGCUACUUCACUGAUGGAAAGGGUGUCGUGGGAGGGGUCAUGAUCGUCACUCCUAACAAUAUCAUGUUCGACCCUCACAAGUCGGAUCCCUUGGUCAUUGAAAAUGGGUGUGAGGAGUAUGGCCUCAUCUGCCCCAUGGAAGAGGUGGUGUCCAUUGCUCUCUACAGCGACAUCUCCCACAUGAAGAUCAAAGACGCCUUGCCCUCUGACCUACCUCAGGAUCUUUGUCCUCUGUACAGGCCUGGAGAAUGGGAAGACCUGGCUUCUGAAAAGGAUAUCAAUCCCUUCAGUAAGUUCAAAUCUCUCAACAAGGAGAAACGGCCGCAGAAUGGAGAGAGAACCAUCAGUACAGGUUCCCAAUCAGCAAAAACUUGGGACAAGGCAUCUGAUGACGCACAUACAAAGCCCUUGGACAGCCCUUUGCCCGGAAAGUUAAAGAAACUGGAAUCUUCUAUAGAGGCAACCAACAGAUCUACCCCAGUGACCUGGGUGAGCAAGGGACUUCCUGAGACAGCAUUUGAAUCUAAAGCCAAAGAAAACGCCCAUUUAGUGGAAGAUGAUGACUUUGUUGACUUGGAAGAACUUUCUUUUCAAACUGAUAGUGGGUUGGCCAAAGGAGACAAUGCCAAGGAGUGUGUUGACCCAAGGGAUUUAAGGAAAGCUAAGUCAAAAGUCAUCAGUUCUGCUGUAGAAGGGCAGCUGCAGUCAGUUCUGAAUGUUUCGGGAACAGAGGGUGGUGCUGAACUGAAGGGAGCCCUAGAUUUAGAAGCCUGUGAGAAGCAAGAUAUAAUGCCAGAAGUGGACAAGCAGUCCGGGUCCCCAGAGAGCCAAGUGGAAAACACACUGAACAUACACGAAGAGCUAGAUAAAGUUAAACUCAUCGAAUAUUACCUUAAUAAGAACAAAGAAGUUUCACCGUUACCUGAAAAUGUACAGAAAGCAGGAUUAAGUGAUGACAAAAACAUUGAGCCCGUAGGAGUAGACGUCACUCUUAGUAGCUCUCUUCCCCAGACACGUGACCCCUCAACUGAGGGCAAGGAAGAGCUGGAUAAAAUCAGCCCAUCCCUUCCACUGCAACUAGAACCUUCUGCAGAAGAAAACGAGUUUAAGGAGUCUCUAGAUUCCUCUUUGGAAUCGUCUCUGGAUAAAAGCUGCCGUGGUGCACAAAUGGAUAAUAAAUCUGAAAUUCAGCUGUGGCUAUUAAAGAGAAUCCAGGUACCCAUUGAAGAUAUACUUCCUUCAAAAGAGGAGAAAAGCAAGACUCCUCCCAUGUUUCUGUGCAUCAAGGUGGGAAAACCAAUGAGAAAAUCCUUUGCCACCCACACUGCCGCCCUGGCCCAGCAGUACGGCCGACGAAGGAAGCAGCCAGAGUACUGGUUCGCUGUUCCUCGAGAGAGGGUUGAUCAUUUGUACACGUUCUUUGUUCAAUGGUCUCCUGAUGUGUACGGUAAGGAUGCCAAAGAGCAAGGCUUCGUGGUGGUGGAAAAGGAAGAACUGAAUAUGAUCGACAACUUCUUCAGUGAGCCCACGACCAAGAGCUGGGAGAUCAUCACUGUUGAGGAGGCCAAGCGCAGGAAGAGCACUUGCAGCUACUAUGAGGAGGACGAGGAGGAGGCACUGCCGGUCCUGCAGCCACAGAGCACCCUCCUGGAGAACAUGCACCUAGAGCAGCUGGCCCGACGCCUUCCAGCAAGGGUGCAGGGCUAUCCGUGGAGACUUGCAUACAGCACACUGGAGCACGGGACCAGCUUGAAAACACUCUAUCGGAAGUCAGCAUCACUAGAUAGUCCUGUCUUACUGGUCAUCAAGGAUAUGGAUAAUCAGAUUUUUGGAGCAUACGCAACACAUCCUUUCAAGUUCAGUGACCACUACUAUGGCACAGGCGAAACUUUCCUCUACACUUUUAGCCCCAAUUUCAAGGUCUUUAAGUGGAGUGGAGAAAACUCAUACUUUAUCAAUGGAGACAUAAGUUCUUUAGAACUUGGUGGAGGAGGGGGACGGUUUGGUUUAUGGCUAGAUGCUGAUUUAUACCACGGACGGAGCAACUGCUGCAGCACUUUCAAUAAUGAUAUUCUUUCUAAGAAGGAAGACUUCAUCGUUCAGGACCUCGAGGUGUGGACAUUUGAGUGACCCUGCGACUGCCUUAAGGGAAGAACAUUAAAAGACUGGCUUUGGUCAGCUUCCCUCCAGUGGGCUGGAUGACCAGGGCUCCAGCCCAGGCUGCUCACCCAUCACUGCUUUCUUUCUGCCUCGUCUGGGAGUACCGUCACACUGCAGGAAAGACUGGAAAGGCAGGUGUAUGUGGAGGGCAGGCACUGAGGAACGACAUUUGAGGUCCCGCCUCCUUGGAAUCCAUCUUGUGAGGAAUCAGAGUGUUUAUAGAUGUAUGAGUUGAAUGCAAUUUUUAUUUUUGGCAACUGUGAAAAAAGAUACUGUGGAAAUAUAUAUAUGCCUUGGGUAUUUAUCAGCAUCAUUUUCAUUACCAAAAUGUAUAGCAUACUAUUGUUUGCCAUGCAAGGGGUCUCACUUAGUAAAAUGAAAGUACAUACCUUCUAAAGGGGGAAUGUUGAUUUUUUAAAACCAUUUAUUUAUUAUUUCUAAUACGUUGUCUGGAAUGUGUUGGCAGUUGUUUUAUUUUUCUCUUUUAAUGUGUCAAAUCUUGAAAAACAUGUAUAGAUUUUAUGUUGUGUUUUGCCAACAAGUUCAUUUGAUUUAUGAAAUUUUAUAUUGAAUUUUUUUGCCCUAAUUGUUUAGGGUGGUAUGUCUUUAGAAGCAUAUGUAUAUCGAGUACAUAAUUUUGAAUUUUUAAAAACUCAUCACCAAUGCUCCUUGGUUUGACUAGUGUAGGCCAUUAGAAAGGUACAUUUUUACUUACUCUGGACAUAUUUCUAUACAUAUGUAAAGAAAAGCCAUCUUUCACAACCACCAUAAACUGAAGUUGAUAAAAAUGCAUCUCUUUGUGAACCUGCACUUAAAACAAACUACUCUUGAGAAGAAAAUGUUCUACUUCUUAGAAAAUCAUGUGUCUUUAAAAACUUAAGUUCAUGGUGUGUUUUCCAUAAUUACCCACCUCCCCAAGUAUUUACUUUAAGCAGGUUUUUGUUUUAAAAAGAACUGAGUGUUUAACUUUUAAAAAUCAAAUGAGAAAUUUUAAAUGAGCCCAACAGCCUUCCUCGGUUCUAUACUCUCUUAUGUGAAGGAAGAAAUGCCGAGAAAUGCAUUCAUACCAAAACUGGAGAAAAAGGAAAACUUUUUUCUCCCACAUCACUAAAUAGUUCUUUAUUAAAAUAACACUUUGUCAACAAUUUAACCAAUAUUACUGAUUACCAGACUUUGAUGAAAAAAGCCAAAGACUGCUAAUGUUAAAAAAAAAUUCAAAUGAUAGCCAAAUCUGAGAAGUAGUCUUUCCUAAAUUAUAUCCCUCUUAAUCUUAGAGGGGGAAGUUAAUAAGUAGUAUUUGGAUACUUGUCAGUUGUUUUUCUCUUUUUCACAUUCUUUGAAUACUAGAUUUAGACUUGCAGAGUUAUUUUCUCUAUUCUUCCUUUUUAAUAAUUCAUAAAAGGGAACAAACAUAAAUUGCCAAGUAGUCUCCUAUCAAAUCUGUAAUAUUGGACUGUAGUCACAGUCCAGGCAAUUGAAAGUAAAUACUGUAAACUCUCAAACCUGUAGCCCGGGUGUGCCUGUCACACAUGGUCUAUUGUGAACGGAACUGUGGAUUAACAAGAUCCUGGCAGUUUGUCUUUAACCUGCUUCCUCAAUAAUGUUUGGAUGUGAGAUACCAGGAGUGUCUCACGAUGAUCUUGUUUAUCAUUUGUGCCAUUGGCCGCCAUGUGCUAUUCGCAAAUACAAUGGUCAUUCUGCACAUAGCUCACUCCUGCCUAGUUUAGUCCAUGAUAUUAGUGAGCGCCUAUCCAGAUGCUGUGUCCUCUAUUUAAAACAGUAUUGUUCAGUCAGAAAUGUGUGGCCCUUCAUUUAUGGAUAUUGAAUAUAUGUAAUGCAGUACUCUCCCAUUAUUUUCAAUAAAGGAAAUUUAUGCAUUCA